AGACAAUUGACCUAGCCAAUCUCAGUAUCCUUAACACUGUACAGAAUAUUUACUUCCACUCGGUGUUUGUAUAUCUCAGAUACUGGAGGGAACCCAAGACGUGAGGUAUAGCAUACUUGUCAAUGCAACAUACUAUGCAGCAUGCUCUCACGGAAUCGCACACUUACAGGCUGCGGAACCUGCCGCCAUCGCCAUGUAAAGUGUGACGAAGCGACUCCUGUUUGCGAAAACUGCCAACAGCAAGGCCUGGCAUGUCUCGGCUACGAGCGUCAGCUAGUCUGGGCGAGUCAUGAUGGAGACCGAGUAUUUCGCCGCCCCCUAUUUUCCAAGGCCAACCAACUGAGGAUGACACAACUGAUGACAGAAAGUCUUGGAAAGCAGUCCGCAAGUGCUGCUUUGGCUCAGCUGGAAAAUGAAUACGAAAGCGGCGUACGCUUGGAAGGCGAUUCAUUUCGAGGCCCUUUCGGUGUUCUGGUGUUGUCGACCAACGCGUUUGCAGAUAAUAACCAAGCUGAGCCGCCGUCCGACGAACCGGAUCGCAACCAGUUGGAAUGGGAUGUCUUCUGGCCCACUAUUCCAGGUGACACUACCAUAUUUGAUGGGCCGCAUAAUGUGCUCGGUGGCUCAUGUGAUCUUAUUAUACCGGACCCCUUUCUGGAUAUUGACACUGUGACGAGUGAUGCUCAGUCUCUCCUUCGUCCUUUAAUGGACCCGCAUUCUGACGAGUUUACAUACCAGUCCCCCUCUUCAUCGCUGGGACCAGUCUUGCCAUCCUUUGAGGUUUCUUCAGGGCGCCCAACCAUACCUCCUGAGGCUGCCGAUCUGCUGCGGUACUUUAAAGAGAAUGUAAUUUCGCUCUUAUUUUCUUUGAGGAACUGCCGGCAUUGCCCCUGGCAGACAGUCCAUUUCCCAGGUGCAAUGAGCGCAUUCGCGGACCUGAGCAUUCACCAUACCACAAGCCACACUAGGCUGUCGCUGUUCUAUUCGCUUCUUGCUGCCAGCUGCCUCCAUAAGUAUACACGCGAUCAUUCUGCUGGUGACCUGCACAUAUCAGCAAAGCGGUUUAAGGAAACCGCCAAGCAACAUCUCGAAUUGGCCCUGCACCAGGAGGUUGUAGGAUCUAAGCAGGCCAAGUACAAGGAGAUAUUGAUGGCGGUUCUAAGCAUGGUCAUGCUCUCGGUAUUCAACGGCGAAAAUACUAGCGCCCAAGCUUUCCUAAUUGAUGCCGAAUAUAUUAUUCGCAUACGUGGCCUCCCUAAACCACAUAAGUCCCUCAAGGUCCGAUCCUUGCACCACGUCUAUACAUUCCUGCGCAUCAUGGCCGAGAGCACAUGUGGAUGUGCCUUACUGGACAUUUGUCCCGACCGUCCCAGCGCCAGCUUACUCUCCAUCGAGCCAUCACCAAAUUCUCUACGGAGUUUCCGCGUGGCCGACGACAUCCUAGGUGCUGAGCUCGACAUAAUGUUAGUAAAAGGGAACCUCAUCGGCCACAAUGACAUUCAUCUAGAGGUAAUGGGGCAGUGGAAUGACACGCUCUUCCCAGACAUGUACGGAAUACCGGAGUCUCUCAUGAACCUUCUAUCGCAGGUUAUUCGCCUAGCGAAUGAGCAAGAGCUACUUCAUCGCGGCGGCCCGACCGUGGACGCGCGUACCAGAAAAGAGUUAAAGCGGCGCGCGAGCAUGCUCGAGCAGUACAUUCUCUCAUGGAAGCAGUCUCCUGAAUCGAAGCCAAUCAAUCCCACAGCGAUGAAAAACGGUCAGGAUACGGCCAUUCGCCAGAACCUGACAGCAAACCAUUUCAUGAUUCAAGCCAUGCAUCAAGCCAUUAUCUUGUUCUACUACCGUCGCGUCCCCAACAUCAGCGCUGUAAUCCUACAAGAUACUGUCCGCAACUGUCUGGAGUUUCUGAAACGCUACGACAAAACCCGCAUCGAAGAUAGUGAGAGUGCGCCGCCUGAUACGCCCGAUACAGCAAUCCUCUGGCCUGGCUUCGUUGCAGCCUGCGAGGCAUUAGAUCCCGAAUUGCAGAGCAGCCUGCUAGACUGGCUUAUCAUGACAGGCCAUCGAACCUCAUUGGGCCCGUUUUCUGCCGCCGCAGGGACUGCGCAGUGCGUCUGGAAGACACGGUCAGAGACCCAGGAUUACACCUUGAGUUGGUUUGAUGUUAUGAAGCAUGAACGAUGUCCAAUUAUUGCGACGUGACGCUUGAACUUCAAUUAUAGACCAAUUACCUGAUAAUAUACUGGGUGUUAGGCU